AAGAUGGCGUCCAUACGCAGCCAGGCCAUCGCCAACUUCUGAGCAAGACCAUUCCACAGUACUACUUCACAACGCAGGAUGUCUACACCCAGGAACCAACCAUUCGAGUCAGGAACCGAACCCAUCGAGUGGUUCAGGCACCAGACGAAGAGAGAGAUGAAAGGGUUCACCGAAGAUGCAACCACAUGACUCAAGGAUGCUUAACACCAGCAAACAAAACGUACGUGCCGGUGGGUGGGUGGCCCACCAUGGGGCUGGAGGAGCUGGUGUUCAACGCAAUGAAUCAUUGUCUGGAUCCAAAGGCUAGGGAUUUAUACACGAGCCAUUUCGAAAAGUUCAUUCCAAAGCGGACAGAACAGGUUCGUAGCACCACAAUCUUCAAAGACACCAGCGACCUGUUUGCGUGCUCCACGGCUGGAUUCAAUGCCAUCCGCACACACCUGAGCGAGACAGAGGCCAGGAUUCAGAACGUCAAGGCGGGUGUCGACUUCACCAGUCAGUUCAUGCGGGUGUGGAACGCACGACUGCGGCGACAGAAGCCACCGACAGAGGAAGAGACGAUCUCCAAGAUUAAUAUGGGGGACCCGGACCUGGUGUACCGCAAGGAGCGGGUCAGGAGGGACGAUAUCCUGUUCUUGAAGACCCUGAAGCUGCUGAUCGAGAAGCUUCUGCAGCUGAAGGUGCGCCACCUCCGCUCCAACGUCCCCAUCAACCUGGAGAACCUGGACUCGCACGUCUUCAGCAAAGACAUCGACGUCUGCAUCGCCCCCAGCAAGAGGUUCCUGGGGGGCUUCGCCGCAACGACGCACAGCUUCAAGGAGCAGAUCAUGAGUCAAGCCCCAUAUGACUUACGGAAGCGAAAGGUGGACGCCCCCGCCCGUAUGUCCAUCAACGUCAACAUGAGGAAGAUCCCCAGUCCCCGCCACCACACCCUGAAGAACGAGCACUCGCCGGGAGAGACUCCGUCCCACGUCAUCACGCCUCUGGACGAGAAGUUUAACGAGAUGCUGCGCAAGCCCUGGCCCGUCAUCUGGCAGGCGCUGGCAGCAGCCGAUCAAGGGCACAACAUCGGCGCACCUCUUCCUACCCCUCCUGUGCAGGCCAAAGUGAAGAACUCGUUGACCAACAUCCUGACCUCGCGGAAGGAGUGGGCCACGGCACGCAAGGAAAUCAGCCGAGCGGUGGACGAGACCUUGUGGCGGGUGGACAACGAGACGAUAGAAAGUUUUCACGCGCAAAUGGGCACACUGUCCAACCUGUCCGUGUCUACAAUCUUCAAAGCCCACCAGCGACAGAUGGAGGCAGAAGUCAAACGGAAGAGACGACAACGCCAGAAGCGCACCAUCUACGACUGCGAGUUGACGGCGUGGUACAAGGAGCUCGUUGACGAGAUGCAAAAGGGAAAUGGGAAGAAGGACGUGGAGGUUAACAACCUGCUGGAAAGCAUCAAGCCUUACUUCAAGCUGUCGCCUAGCAACCCCAAGUUCGUCAAGGCCAAGGUGGCGCUCAUCGUCAUGUCGUUGCCUAUCAACCAGAUUUGUCAGAUCCACUACCAGCGCGCAGUCACCUUCCUGCUCGACCGCGUGUUCAAGGCGCCGGCGGGGACCCUGGGGCACUGGCUCAAGACCCGCGGCCUGCCCCUAGUUCUCCCCUGAUGACCUGUGCAGGGGUCAGCGCAAGGCGUCAUCAUCGAUGCCAUCUUGUGUCCACCUUAUCUUGGUAGGCUGAUAAUACCACACGAUUACGUGUGUUGAGGAGAUGACCCUGUGACCCGGGCAUACUUGUUGCUGUGGAUUAUUUUAUAGAUGCUGUAGAAUAUUGUUGGUGGGUGUGACUGAAUGCUUUACUAAUAAACCGAUUUAAAUUUGAGUGAUGGGUAGUAUAAUGUACAUGUUUUACAUAUUUUUACCCUGACCAGGCCACAUGUUGGUCUGGUGGCUUUGGCUGAGGUCAUCCAAUCCUU